AUGGGGUUAAGCAAGAGGUAUCCAAGUAGGUUGUAUGGGGUUGGUAAUUUUCCACUGCCGAUGAGAAGCAUGCACCACGAUUGUAGUUUGUCCAAUCUUGGUGGUUUGAAAGGCUUUGUUGGUGAUGAGGUGUAUGACAAAAUAAGAAAGAAUUCGCAGCUGGGAGUUCUAUUGGAUCUAGCCGAAUCUGACUACCUGUUUUGUGGGAAGACCAUCCAUUAUCUAUUGUCCAAUCAAUUGGCAAUAAACAUUCCUUCGGAGGUAUGGUUUUUGGUUGGAGGAAAGCCGCUGAGGUUCUCUCUAUAUGAAUAUGAAGAAAUUAGUGGUUUGAAUUGUGAGAAGAUUGAUGAAACAGAGUUUGAAGUCGAUCAUACACCUUUAUGGGCGGCUUUAAAGGUGAAAGCUUUUAAUGGACCCAACUGGGAGGAGCUAGUUGAGGGUUUGAGAAGCUGCCGUGGGUGGUCUGAUGAAAUGAAGACGCAGAUUGUUCGGUUGUAUCUUGUUCAUGUUGGAGUGCUUGGUUUAUCAAGGAGCAGUCGGAUACCUCUGGAAUACGCUAAAAGGGCGUUGAAUGAAGAAGCAUUUGAGAGUUUUCAAUGGGGUAGGGUUGGAUUCAAGAGUUUAGUUGAUUCCAUCAAAGUCCUUGGGUUACCUAACAAUGCUUAUACCCUCCAUGGAUGUGUCCAUGUAUUGCUGAUAUGGGCAUUUGAGAGCGUGAAGGUGCUGGGGGCUAGCUACGGGAAUGUAAGAGAAGGUGUAGAUUUGCCUCUGUUAAGGUGGAGAGGAGGGAGGCCAAGGAAGGAUAUCGAAGCCUUCAUAUCCGGGAGCAAACUCCUUAAUAAUGGGGAGCUUCAGGUGAAGCAUUUAGUACCUAAACCUUUGGAGUUCAUAUAUCCAGAUUGGCCAGGACAGUAUUGUGUGUAUGGUGUAGGAGAAGGUUUGAAGAAGAAACUGGAUAAUCUGCUGUUAGACGUGAUCAAUGGCGAAGUGGAUGAAAGAGAAUGGGAUUGUGUAAAAAAAAGGAAGGGGGAACAUACGAAGAAGAGGGAGAGGAGGCAACAUGUUGCAGGGGUAAGUGACGAUGAUUUCCUUGAAACAGCCCCAACCAGCAUCCAUAAUGUCCCCAAUAAUGCGAAGGAGCAUAAAGAAAGUGUUGGGGACAAAUGUUCAUCAGAGAAGGCGUCUGGAGAUAAGCAUUCAGGUGUGCAGGGUGAAGAUGGUAGUGGAAGGUUAUUUACUAUGGUUGAAACACUAGGGGCGAAAAUGGAUAAUAUUCAGAUAUCUUUUUCUAGAGCAAUAGCGAAAGUUGUGUUCAAACUUCAAGGUAUGGAGAGUAGGAUGGGUAACUUUUAG